AAAGCCACUCACCUCACAACCCAGAACCCAGACCAAACAGUCUAUAUCACACACCAUGAAGUCCAUCAUCAUCGCAGCCACCAUUUCAGGCGCCCUCGCCUCCCUCAAUUGUACGGCCAUAGCCGAGGUCAAGACCUACUGCUGCCCGGACACUAAGUCUGAGCUUGUCAAGACCGGGCCCGCUGGCGCCCUCAUCAUGAUGGGCUGCGCGGCCGACAACACCAAUAAGUAGAUGAGGCCCUCUCAUAAAGCUUACUAGAUACCGUGGUGAACUGACGAGAGAAAAAGGAACUGGUACUGGAACUACAAC